AUGGCAGAAGCUGUGCUGGAACAACUCUCCGCGAGUGCGAUAUUUGAUUUGCGAGGCGUCGUGGCAGUGGUCACCGGUGGUCUCAUGAUAAGCUCGACGUUGAUGGCAAACGGCGCCACAGUGUAUAUUAUUGGGCCUAAACAAGCAGAUCUAGACAAAAUUGCGAAUGUGUAUAAUGAAGGUGCCAAGAAAACCAACAGACCUGGGAGGAUUUAUGGCAUUGAGGGUGAUAUCAGGCGCAAAUCCGAAGCAUUGCGUUUGGCAGAAGAAGUGGGCAAGCGAGAGAAACACGUCACCGUCUUAUUCAACAAUGCCGGCAUCCUAGCGAGCGCAUUUACUGAACCGACAGCGAAGACCGCUGAGGCGUUCCGAGCCGCAUACUUCGAUACGGUCUCUGAGGGGGAUUUCAUCAACUCUCUAGAGACGAAUGCAGUCGGUCCGUUUUGGCUCACCUUCGCGUUUCUGCCGCUUCUCGAGAAAUGGAAAGAGUAUGAGGGUGGGACCAGGCGAUUUGCGCCGCAGAUUAUCAUGACCUCAAGCAUGAACGGCUGGACGAAGGAUCCCAGGACGGCCAGCUGCUCGUUCCCAUACAUCUUCUCGAAAUCCGCCAUCGGGCAUGCAACGUCAUCUCUAGCACACGAGCUGUUGCCUCUGGGAAUCAGAGUCAAUGGCAUCGCGCCCGGCUUGUUUCCAACCGAGAUGUCGGCCCCGGGGACAAUAAAUCCCCUCGGAAUCUCGCAUAUUCCGUCUGAGCUGCACUUCCCAUUUGAAGUGCCUACCUCGCAACCGCCUCUUACACCGGGAGGUCCGCCCCUCCAUGCCGGGACACGCAGGGAUAUGGGCUCCUUAGCGCUGUUCCUUGUGGCUAAUUGGUAUGUCAAUGGCGAAACGGUGCUGAUCGAUGGCGGAACCUUAUUGAAACAUCCAUCUUCAUAUUGA